CAAACGCGGCGCAAAGCGGGUGUGUGCGUAACGGUUAGUGUUCCGAUGCGGGGAGUGCCGUGAAAAUGUCGAACAUUUUAAAAUGUAAUUUGUGUAACAUCGUAAUUGACGAGUUGUUAUCUUAUAUACAAAACAAACUAUCAGUGAUUGACGAUAUCACUCUUGUGCGUAUCUGUACGUCUGCGUUUUCGAGUGAAGAAAUAAAGAAAUCGAAAACGUUACUUUUUGAAUCGCUGUCUACGGGUCAACGGAAAAUUGUGCGAAAAAGGAGCGGUAAAGAAGCGCGUGAUAUUGAUGACAUCGUGACUGCGAUGAGAGCCGCUGAAGCUGAUACAUUACCGGUGUUUGUUGCUCGAAAAUUGGAGAAAUUGCCCCCUCUUUCUUUCGACCACCUUGACUGCACAAAGCUUUUAAAAGAUAUAGUAAAGCUUCAGAAUGACCUGGAGGAAAUUAAAUCUUCAUAUGCGACAAAAAGCGAACUGGAAAAUGUACGAGUUGAUGUGCAAAAUUUAAAAUACGUUUCGCUGCCUCAAACCCCUUUUAACGCUGUAAACAAUAGGAGGGGAGCCUGGCUACAUGAUAGCGGCCCCAAAGGCCUAGUAUCGCAAAUUUCGCAUUACAAUAGGGAGUCUUUGGAUAGUGAAAUUGUGCCAUCCGAUAUUCAUUCAUCGACGUUAAGUAACAAAAUUGCCCAGCCAGUUAGCGAAAAAACAGAGUUAGGCUCCUUUCACAUCGAUAGUACAAAGACAACUGGUGAUAAGAAGUGCGUAAUUAGCGGUACAUCGCCAAAGAUGACUCAGGUGUUGAGGCAGGAAUCUCGUACCGCGAUCAAUACACCGAGUUCUGCAGCCUACCCUCUUUCGAAAAAUUGUGAUCAAAUUAUAUCUCAAAUUAAUAUUACGGAUUCUGGCGAUGACAGUGCUAAUCCGGUGGGAGGGGACGGACAAUCACAAAAAAAUACUGCUACUACUUCUUUGCAGCACGAAAUGAAUUUGGUAAAAAAUACGACGAGUCAGCAGUUGAACGCUGAUACCGUUACGUCAGGACCAUAUGACGAGCCGCUAAAGAACGAUAGUGACGAUGAUUGGCAAUUACCGAGGACAAAAAGAAAUCGUAAUAAGACAAAAUAUCGUUACAGUGGUAUGAGAGGCAUUGCCCGAGAUGCGGUAAGCAAGUUUAAAUCGGCGGGAAAAAAAGUGCCUAUUUUUAUUUCAAAUGUUCACAAGGACACCUCUGAGUUGGAUAUAAUCGAAUACAUAAAAGACAAAACGCAAGAACGUAUCUUCUUGAGGAAAAUUACUAUUAACUCCGAGAAAGACCACAACGCGUAUAAGUUUUUUGUAUGUGAAACUAAAGUUCCGCUGUUCCUUGAUGAAAAGUUAUGGCCGGUGGGCAUUAUUUUCCGAAGAUUUGUGAACUUUAAAUAUAAUCAUUACACUUCGAACAGAGAUAGAGUAUCUUCUGUGGACGGCCAGCAAAGAGACAAUAUUUUAAAUGGAUAAGAUAUGUAGAUUUGUAAGUUUCAAUUGCAAAAAUGUCAAGCGAUCAGUUGAUAGCGUAAGAGAACUGUGUCGGUCGUGUGACGUAAUCGCGCUUCAAGAGAUUUGGUUACAAGAGGGUGAUCUGACAUAUCUUAGUAGCAUCGACGAUCGGUUCAACUGCGCCGGGACCUCAGCUAUGGACACGACGGCGGGCAUGCUGAGAGGGCGGCCGUACGGCGGAGUAGCUCUGUUAUGGAAUAAAUCGGUUUUUCGCGACGUGUCAGUGAUCAAGUGCGAUAACCCGCGCGUGUGUGCUAUUAAGGUAAUGUUAGGGAAUAGGUCGAUGCUAAUAUUGAGCGUGUACAUGCCUACGGAUUGCUCGGAGAAUCUGCCGGAGUUCACGGAUUGUCUCGGUGCGGUAAGUGCUAUCGUAAACAAUAAUAACAUUGAGUCGGUUUUCAUACUCGGAGACUUUAAUGCUCACCCCGGUCAACCGUUCUUUAGUGAAAUGAUAGACUUUUCGCGUGAUCACGCGUGGACGUGUGUUGAUGUGGAAAUGUUGGGUGUGCAUUCCGGCUUAUACACUUUUAUAAGUGAGGCUCACGGAUCGCGGAGGUGGCUGGACCAUUGUCUCGUUACGGAUUCUGCCAUUGACUCGGUGGUGAAUGUCUACGUUAAGUUGGACGUGUUUUGGUCCGAUCAUUUUCCGCUUGUGUUGGAAUGUAACCUUAACAUACUUAGGGAAAAGGUCGCGAUUAGUAACACGAUUAUCAGUAACACUGUGAAAUGGGGUGAAAGGAAACCAGAUCAGAUUUCAGCUUAUGAACUAUAUUGUAAUGAGAGUUUACGGCUAAUCAAUUUCCCUGAAGCCCUUAUCUCUUGCGGGGAUCACAGGUGUAAUGAUUAUAGUCAUAGACAUAUUUUAGAUACUUUGUAUAAAGACAUUAUCACAGCGCUUUGUAGUGCUGCUACCUGUACUAAUUCGUGUACCGCUAGACGUAGUCGAAGAAAAAAGGUGAUGGGGUGGAACAAGCACG